CGGGAGCUUGGGGGGUUGGGGGGGGAGUGGCUGCGGCGGCGGGUGGUGGCCGCGCCGGCCGGCGAGCCCGGGAAGCCCGAGCGUGCCCCGAGCCUCGGCGGAGCGGCCUCGGCGUGUCCCGCUCGCUCCCCCGCCGCACCCCGCCGCCCCAGGCGCGCGGCGGACGGCGGCUCCCGCGGCGGCCCCGGCAUGACUCGGCGGCGCUCCGCUCCGGCGUCCUGGCUGUUGGCGUCGCUGCUCGGUGCCGCAGUGUCCCUCGAAGUGUCAGAGAGCCCUGGCAGUGUCCAGGUGGCCCGGGGCCAGACAGCGGUCCUACCGUGCGCCUUCUCCACCAGUGCUGCCCUCAUUAACCUCAAUGUCAUUUGGAUGGUCAUUCCUCUCUCCAACGCAAACCAGCCUGAGCAGGUCAUUCUCUAUCAGGGUGGACAGAUGUUUGAUGGUGCCCCCAGGUUCCACGGGAGGGUAGGAUUUACAGGCACCAUGCCCGCUACCAACGUCUCCAUCUUCAUCAAUAACACACAGCUGUCAGACACGGGCACCUACCAGUGCUUGGUGAAUAACCUUCCAGACAGAGGGGGCAGGAACAUUGGGGUCGCUGGCCUCACAGUGUUAGUGCCCCCUUCCGCUCCGCACUGCCAAAUCCAAGGAUCCCAGGACAUCGGCAGCGACGUCAUCCUCCUGUGUAGCUCCGAGGAAGGUAUCCCUCGGCCCACUUACCUUUGGGAGAAAUUAGAUACCACGCUGAAGCUACCUCCAACAGCCACUCAGGACCAGGUCCAGGGAACAGUCACCAUCCGGAAUAUCAGUGCCCUGUCUUCCGGUCUGUACCAGUGUGUGGCUUCUAAUGCCAUUGGGACCAGCACCUGUCUCCUGGAUCUCCAGGUUAUCUCACCCCAGCCCCGAAGCGUUGGAGUGAUAGCUGGAGCUGUCGGCACGGGCGCAGUUCUUAUCAUUGUUUGCAUCGCACUAAUUUCAGGGGCGUUCUUCUACUGGAGAAGCAAAAAUAAAGAGGAGGAGGAGGAAGAGAUUCCCAAUGAAAUCAGAGAGGAUGAUCUUCCACCUAAAUGCUCCUCUGCCAAAGCAUUUCACACAGAGAUAUCCUCCUCAGAAAAUAACACGUUGACGUCUUCCAAUACCUACAACAGCCGAUACUGGAGCAACAACCCCAAAACGAAUAGAAACACAGAGUCAUUCAACCACUUCAGUGACUUAGGCCAGCCUUUCUCUGGCAAUGCUGUCAUCCCAUCCAUCUAUGCAAAUGGGAACCAUCUGGCCUCUGGCCCACAUAAGACUCUGGUGGUGACAACCAGCAGAGGGUCACCACCCCAGGUCAUGCCCAGGAACAACAACGGUUCCGUCAGCAGGAAGCCUUGGCCUCAGCACACACAUUCCUACACAGUCAGCCAAAUGACCCUGGAGCGCAUUGGGGCAGUGCCUGUCAUGGUGCCUGCCCAGAGUCGGGCUGGGUCCCUGGUAUAGGAUGAUCGAGGACGCUGUGUUCGGAAGAGAACGAAUGGGAUGCCUCCACACAAGGGGGAGAGUGGGGUGGGUGAGUGCUGGAAAGAUAGACUUCUGUUACAGUUAUAUUAGUAAAAAGUACAAAGAAGGGGAUGCUGUUCCCUGGCCACUGCGAUGUGUGAAGUGGCCUGGGCGUAUUCCGUCCUGAAGACUCAGAAAGACUAUUUUCCCACUAUAGUUGUCUUGAGACUCAGCUAAAAGAAAUGAAUGAAUCAAUAAACAAAUAAAUGCUGUAUCUCAAAAGAUGUGCCAAGCCAAGGAGAAUGCUAGAAACAGAACAGCACUCACGACCCAAACCAUGGUCCAGGUAGACCGGUUCUUUUUUCUUGCCUAACUUAAUAAUUUUCAGGAGACUUAAAGUGCCAGGUGGAAUUUAAAUAUUGAAAUUAUUUUUUAAAAUAGGUGUCUUCAGAGAAAACAAAACAAAACCCAGGAGCAAGCCCGUGGUAUGUGCUGCCUCUCCCACGCCCUUAUAAUGGUAAGGGCUUAAUGGUACUAUGGAUACAUUCCAACCCGGCUAGCUCCUUAUCAUAGAGGCAUAAUUUUACAGAACACAGGUCAGCUAGAAAUGGGGAAAAAGAAGAGGAAACUUUUUGUGAACACCCUGCACACGUGCACACACACACACUCACACACUUAUUUAUUUACCUCUUCCUGAACCAUGAACUUCAUACUUGGGAUUUUGCUAUACUGACAGAUUCUUGUCUGUGUUACUCUGGGAUCUCUUACAGGUCCAUGGCAAUUACUGUUCAUGAUUUCCUGGAAAAAAAAAAGAUAUUUUUUUAAAAGAAAACUAUUUUUUUUAAAUACUCGGGAGACAGUGGACUAGAAAAGCAAGAACUUAACACCUGGUCCAGUGAUUGUACUCAGUGACUCAGCAGAAGGCCCAUCAUGGAAGCCUUUUAGGGAGUAGGGUGGGCUGUGCUGAAAACCAGUCAAGUGGAGGCAGGUGGGAGGGGCCUUUGCUUUCAGUCCCGGAAGGGGCUGUGUAUGGCAACCUUGCUGUCAACAAGGGUCACUUUUAAUGAGGGCAGUGCCAGAUGCCUUUUGUACUGAGGAAGAUAAUUCCCUCUUGUUUGACAAGUAGAGGUUAGUAGGUUAUUGCAAAAAGGGCCAGAGGAGUUGUUUUGUUUCUUUCAAAAGAAUUUUUUUUUUUCCCAAAAGAAUAAUAAAGGUUAGACAAAUGGGGAUCUUCCAUUGUGCUCUUGGGGGUCUGCUCAGCAUCUGGAAAAUUUGGGUGUGCAGUUUUGCCUGAGCACAUUGCAUACCAAUGUAAAAAGACCCCCCCCCUUUUUUUUUUUUGUCUAAUUACUUGGCUUGGCUGGCCUUGCAGUUCACCAGAUUCAUUUACAGACUCCCUGCUCUUUAUUGUGCUAUGUGUAUCUGGCUGUACUUGUAUUGGUGACUAUCUUGCCUUAAUCGCACUUUAGGGCAACUCAUGGUGAUUUCUUCCAAGAAUUGUUUUUUAAAUUGUUUGUACUACCAAGCCUACAAUUUUCAAAGAACAUAGGUUUUUUUGUUUGUUUGUUUUUUCUUACGUUCCCUCUGCCCCUCUUCCACUAUACUUCUUGCCUUCUAUCCCUGUGGACAUAGUCUUCACAGGGAGUGGCCUCCUGACUUCAGUUAUUUGAGUAAAUGGAAACCAUCACUGGCUGCAUAUACUAUUUUUCCAAGAGGGCCACACUCAGAACUUUAUUGUUGUGAACAUUUCAAUGUUGAUAAGAAGAUAAAUUUACUGUAGUGUUACUUUUCCCCCCACUUGAGGGUUCUUGACUUUGUAAAACUUUAAAUAAAUGAAUGUCUAUACUUUUUAAAGAAAAGUGGAAAAGACGAUGCCAGAGAAAAGAUGAAACUAUCAGAUGCUGUUUAGAAGGCAUUUAUCUUGCAUUUCUUUAUUCUUUCUAAUUACCUAAAAUUCAAUAAAAGUUUAUUCAUAUAAAACAUGUUG